UUAUUGAAAACUGAACAUUGCCCGCAUGUUUAAAUGUCGAUUAAAACUGAUGGAAUAAAUGGCUAUUAAAGAUAAUUUCUGGUGUCGACUAUGUUCACACAUAGCUACAAUGUGGACAUACCAGUAUGGACGUUUGUACCUAAAUGUCUAAAUGCUUAUAAAAAUUUCGUCAACAUUUUUUUUUUUUUUAUUAAAAUGUGAAUACUGAAUAUGCCUCAAAUUAAAACUUUUGAAUAUUUUAUAAACUAUCAUUUUUAAUAUACACAUAACGUUUUUACAAGCAGUAAAUCAAACCAUUUAAAAAAGACUAAAAAUUAUGAAAAUUAUUUAUAUUUUUAUUCAUUACUUUAUUAAGUGAUAAUACUUAAUUUAAAUGUCAAACUCAAACCAAUCAGUGGGAUUCGAGCCAUGGCUAAAAGAAAACCCAAAAAUUAUGUACGCUGCAGCGUUCAUGACGUUGCUUAUUAUGUGUAUUGGAAUUAUAGGGAAUAGUUUAACUAUAUUAGUAAUACUAAAAAGUUCACGAAUUCGAAAUAUAGCUUCAACAUUUAUCAUCAGCUUAGGUGCAGCUGAUUUGUUAUUUUGCAUAGCUGUAUUACCAUUUAAUGCUUCAAGAUUUUUAAAUAUUAAUUGGGUACAAUACCAAGAACUUUGUUCAAUUGUACCAUUUUUACAAUACGGAAAUAUUGGAGUAUCGUUGCUAUUUAUUACUAUGAUCACUAUAAAUAGGUAUAUAAUGAUCGUUCAUUCAAGCUUAUAUAGUAUAGUAUAUCGUCCAAUAUGGAUAACUUCUAUGAUAAUACUUUGUCUAAUUAUUUCAUUUGGCAUGCUGGUACCUACCCUUUUAAGUAAAUGGGGCAAAUUUGAAUAUGAUCCAAAGUUGGGUACGUGUUCAAUAGUAUCUGAUGAAUUUGGUCAAUCUUCGAAAUCUGCUCUUUUGGUUACUGGGUUCAUCAUACCAUGUAUUGUAAUUGUUUGCUGUUACACUGGUAUAUUUUUGGUUGUUCGUAAUUCAGAAACACGAAUGCGAAGGCAUCAAAUAUCCACCCAAAGUGAUCCAACAGCAACUCAUAUGCAGUCUAUAAGAAGAAAACUUAGUGAAUGGAGGAUAACUAAAAUGGUUUUGGCUAUAUUUUUAUCUUUUGUACUUUGCUAUUUGCCAAUUACAAUCACAAAAACCUUAGAUCCAAAUGUCCAAUACCCAGCUCUUCUCUUGAUUGCAUAUAUUAUGAUUUACGCAUCAGCGUGCUUUAAUCCAAUUAUAUACGUCAUAAUGAAUAAACAGUAUAGAAAAGCAUUUAAAUCAGUUCUAAAUUGUGGAUGUUGUGAAAAAGCUACAAAACGAGUACCUGUUUUGAGAUCCAUAUCGAAACGUCUACAACCACACGGAGUUCAAGAAGAUCGUGGAUUUGGAACAACUGUAUCACAUGUGUCAUCGAUUGCUUUAGAAACAUUGGAUCAUAAUAACAAGAUUUCGCUUAUAGCAUAAUUUAAUACAAUUAAUUAUUAUUAAUUUUUAUUAAAAAGAUUUUUUUUAUUUUA